CGCGGACUGAUUUCAUGACUUGUAUCGCACAGGAGUUCAGUGAUGAUAACAUAAAGAGUAACGUUUUGGGCAUCAGCUGUAGCUCUUGGACUGUUAAUCAUGAGAUAUGCCUUUUUAUCAACUAUGGCAAAAGUUAAAUGGUACAUCGGUGGUGGUAAUGGGGCAAAAUCAUUAAUGAGGGGAGGCGUGGGCGAGCGUCUUAUAAUAGAACAUUGGUAGGAAACCCUAUUUAGGUCAGAGUUCAGACAGCUGGGAUAAUUUGCGAAUAGCGGGUGCGAACUCUUCUCCAACUUUGUAUAGAUUCUGUGCGUUUAUUGGGUCGCUAAAUGAUUUUGAUGAAACGCAGGUAUUAACGACCUUCUGGUGGAAUUUCGUAACCUCUCUGUGCUCCCAACAGUUACCGGGUAAGACAGUCAUAUCUUCCACACUGUCUCGACAACCACGUGCGCAAAUUUUUUAAACAUGGCUGACGAAGAGGACAGGAUUGGUAAGCUCAAAGGUAAACAGACUAAAAGGGCUCCGAGAUACUUUGACGACAGUAGCGCUGAAGCGUCUACCAAGGACAAACACGAGAAUGAGAAGACUUCGGAGAGGAAGUCUGAAGGUAAGAAGAAGAAAUCUGGGAAGAAAAGGGCGCCUGCCCCGGACAGUGACCAUGUGGACCGAAAACGUGGGAAGGAGGCGUGGGACUCGGACGAGGAGAAGGACCCGUUUCCGGGCGAGGCACCUGUUAAAGAAGAGACACUAGCACGUUACACUAGAGGAGAAGAGAACAAAAUUAAGAUACGUGCAAAAACUGCUGGACCAAAGCUGGAACGGAAAGCAAUGGAGAAGAAGUUCCACCUGGCAGCUAAACAGGCAGCCAGAGCAGAGCUGCUGCUGGGAGAAGAUCAUGGUUACCUGGAACCAUCAGAUGAUGAAGACACAAGUCAGCUGUCACAGACCGACAUAGCAGAUGCUGUGGAUAUCAGUGCAGCACAGAAGCACUUUGACCUGAAGCUGGACCAGUUUGGUCCCUACAGGAUGAACUACACACGGAAUGGGAGGUUCCUGGUCAUGGCAGGCAAAAGAGGUCAUGUGGCAGCCUUGGACUGGAUGAGUAAGAAACUUCUGUGUGAGAUCAACGUGAUGGAGGGGGUGCAUGAUGUGAAGUGGCUGCACGUGGAGACCAUGUUUGCUGUGGCCCAGCAGAGGUGGACAUACAUCUACGACCAUCAGGGAGUUGAACUGCACUGUCUGAAGAAAUUCAACAAUGUUCUUAAGAUGGAAUUUCUCCCCUACCACUUCCUCCUUGCAACAGCUAGCUCCACUGGUUUCCUGCAGUACUUGGACGUGUCCCUGGGGAAAGAAUUGGUUGCCAUCAAUGCGAAGCAGGGCUGCUUGAAUGUCAUGACCCAAAAUCCACAGAAUGCUGUUGUUCACCUUGGUCAUGCCAAUGGCACUGUUACGCUAUGGAGUCCCAACGUCAAGGAACCACUCGCCAAACUGUUGAGUCAUGUCACUGCAGUACGUUCCAUUGCCAUAGACAAGACAGGGACAUAUAUGGCCACAUCUGGGCAGGACCGGUACAUGAAAGUCUUUGACAUCCGUGCCUUGAAACCGCUGCAGGUGUAUCGCAUGUCUGCUGGGGCUGGACACCUGGCCUUCAGCCAGACAGGGCUGGUCGCAGCUGCACUUGGAAACGUGGUGGAGGUCUACAAGGACUGCUGCAGCUCUGUAGCAGAGAAACCUUACCUCACCCAUCGCCUGCGGAACAAUAUAAGUGGUCUGCAGUUCUGUCCAUACGAGGAUGUGCUGGGUGUCGGCCACCAAGACGGAUUCACCAGUCUUCUCAUCCCUGGCGCAGGUGAGGCAAACUUUGAUGCCUUUGAGAACAACCCGUACCAAACGAAGAAACAACGCAGAGACUACGAAGUGAAGAUGUUACUGGAGAAGAUCCAGCCAGAGAUGAUCGGACUUGAUCCAGGUGGAGUAGGACAGGUCAGUCAGCUCACAGCUCAGGAAGUGGAGAAAAGGGACCAGGAAGCCAUUCAGAAGAAAUUCGAGCCUGCCAAGAAGAAGAAGGGCCGCAGCAAGUCCCUAAAGACAGUACAGAGAACAAAGGGUGUAGAGGAGGAGUGGAGAAGGAUGAAAGUGAGACAGAAGAUGAAGGAGCAAGAAGAGCAACGAAAGAAAAAACAGAAAGAUCAACAAAAGAAGGAAAAGUGGGGCUCAGCAUUGGAUCGUUUUCAAAGAAAAGACAACUAAGAAACUGAUCACUGAUGGAAAGUUAGAAUGGUUGGAAUUUGUUGUUGUUGAAAGUUGGGUUAGGAAUUAGGAAUGCACCAACAUAACAGCACAUACAUUUAGCAAAAUUUGUAGUGUUGUCUGUUAACAAUAAACUUAGAACAGAUGCCAAAAACUGCCUUGUACUAAGUUGUACCUAUUCAGAAGAGGACAGUAGCAAAGUAAACCUGUUUUUUUACCUUAAAAAUAAAUAAUUAUUUACUAAAUAAAUAGAUGUUUAUGUACUUCUACAGCUACCAUUAUGAUCUUAGUUUAUUGGUCUAAAUUUAUUUUGAUAUUGAAAUCAAUGUGUAUAGAAUUGUGCCUUGAUAUAGAAACUUAAUUAGCAGUGGACAUAAUGUAGAUUAUGUUGGAAGUCAUCAUGUACAUGUAAUUUCAUAUUACUGUGGGCAAUAAAAUACAUUGUAAAUCAGUACCAUGUUGUUAGGACAGCAAGUGCAUAAGCAUGACUUUAUUCCACAGCUACUUUUCCCAUGUAAUUUCUGCCUGUAGCUAUUUAUAUUUAGACAACUACUAGAAGUUCAUUUCAAUGACAUUGCUGUUCAAGGGACAAGUUGAAAUGUAGCUCCAAAAGAAUUCAUAAGAAGACUGGAAGAAUCAGAUGUUCCAGACAGGAUCUUUAAGUUAGAACCCUCCUAGCAAGGCUCCUUUUAAUCAUGUUUCUGAGUUAUCUUGAGUUAGUGAUAUCUUGAUUAAUGUUAUUCUUAGUUAAAACAAAUACAUGUACAAAUACAUUGUACUCAAAUGGUAUUGAUGCAUCAAGUUAUUGCACAUAAUGAAGACUUGUCAAAAUUUCUACACACGUAUCUCUUGUUUUCAUUAUUCCUAUCCACUGAUAGAAUACUUUUUCAUUUGCAAGUUACCUUCAUCGCUACUGCACUGUUUCUGAAGUAGGGCUUAAUGCUAA